UGCUCUCUCUCCCCUCUCUCUCCUCUCUCUAUCCCUCUCUCUCUUUAUCUCUCACUCUCACCCAGACACUCAGUUCAUAUUUUUGUGUCUGGUGUCUGACAGCAGACAUGUCUACAGGAGGAGUACACCGUGGCUUCCUCAGGAAAUAUGGUGGUUUCAAGCUGUUUAAGCAGUGGAAGGAGCGCUACCUGGUGCUGACAGUAGAGGGCAGUCUGAGGGUGUGUCGCGAUGCAGAGAGUCCUCCUGACCAGGUGGUGGCGCUGCAGUGGAACUGUGAGGCCAUCGUAGAGGGCAGGGAGAUCCUGGACCUGCCCCGGCUGCCCCAAGGGGGGAGGAGAGACUGCUGCUUCGCCCUCAUCCUGCCCCAGGAGAAGUUCCUGUUACUACUGGCUGACAGCCCAGAGGACUGCAGUCUCUGGCUGAAGUUGAUCAGGAAGGUGAGAGAGGGUGUGAUGUCAACACUCGUCCUGCAGAGACAGCAGAGCCUGACCCCGAGCCUCACCGCCCACAUCACCGACAGAGACCCCCAACCUGACACCCCCACCGACAGGGACCCCACCUCGCCACGGGUGACAGUGGACACCUCGACCCCCACCGCCACCCCGACUGGCACCCCGACCACCACCCCCACCACGACCCCAUCGGCCUCCCGAGCCGGGUCCUUCAGAGACAACAGCCUGGGCGGCGGCCACAGACAGUCAGUGCGGUCCGUGCGUAGUGUGGCAUCAGUAGCCCCUCCCCACCGUACGUCAGACUGUCUUCGCCACGGUAACAGCAGCGAUGCGCGGGCGGUGAGGGCGGUGUGUCUGCUGAUGGGAGGGGCAGCAGCCUCCUCCGCUCUGGGCUACCUCCAGUCCUGCUCUCCCUCCUCCCCUCUGACCUCCGGAACCUCCGGCCUGCAGGAGCUGGGCCCGCUGGGCCACAGUGGGGGGGCGGGGGGCUUCUCAGAGCUGGGCGGGGGGUCGGGUGGGUCCUACCACUGUAGUCAGGACGUAGACAACCCCCCACACUUCAACAGCUUCGACUUCGAGGGAGGAGACUCCGACUUUGAUGCCUUCGACUGCGGAGGGUUCGCUUUUUAG